GAGCCCCCGGGAGCAGCGCGGCGGACGCGCUUCCCCCCGGCGCGCCCGGGCCUCGAGGCUUUUCUUCUCCAGCCGAGGGGACGCGGCUGUGCUACGAAGUCCGAGUGUGGACAGUAAUGACCUCACGUUUCCGAUUGCCUGCUGGCAGAACCUACAAUGUACGAGCAUCAGAGUUGGCCCGAGACAGACAGCAUACUGAGGUGGUUUGCAACAUCCUUCUUCUGGGUAACACUGUACAAGCUUUCAAAGUUAAUAAACAUGAUCAGGGGCAAGUUCUGUUGGAUAUAGUCUUCAAGCAUCUUGAUUUGACUGAGCGUGACUAUUUUGGUUUACAGUUGGCUGACGAUGCCACAGACAACCCACGGUGGCUGGAUCCAAACAAACCAAUAAGGAAGCAGCUAAAGAAACUGCUUUUAUUAAUUCUAGGAGGAUCUCCUUACAAUUUGAACUUUAGAGUCAAAUUUUUUGUAAGUGACCCCAACAAGUUACAAGAAGAAUAUACAAGGUACCAGUAUUUUUUGCAGAUUAAACAAGACAUUCUUACUGGAAGAUUGCCCUGUCCUUAUAAUACUGCUGCCCUUUUGGCUUCAUUUGCUGUUCAAUCUGAACUUGGAGACUACAAUCAGUCAGAAAACUUGCCAGGCUACCUCUCAGAUUAUUCUUUCAUUCCUGAUCAACCUCAAGAUUUUGAAAAAGAAAUCGCAAAAUUACAUCAGCAACAUACAGGUUUGUCUCCUGCAGAAGCAGAAUUUAAUUACCUGAACACAGCACGUACCUUAGAACUCUAUGGAGUUGAAUUCCACUAUGCAAGGGAUCAAAGUAACAAUGAAAUUAUGAUUGGAGUGAUGUCAGGAGGAAUUCUGAUUUAUAAGAACAGGGUACGAAUGAAUAUCUUUCCAUGGUUGAAGAUUGUAAAAAUUUCAUUUAAGUGCAAACAGUUUUUUAUUCAACUUAGAAAAGAAGUGCAUGAAUCUAGAGAAACGUUAUUGGGAUUUAAUAUGGUGAAUUACAGAGCAUGCAAAAACUUGUGGAAAGCAUGUGUAGAACAUCACACAUUCUUCCGUUUGGACAGACCACUUCCACCUCAAAAGAAUUUUUUUGCACAUUAUUUUACAUUAGGUUCAAAAUUUCGGUACUGUGGGAGAACUGAAGUCCAGUCAGUUCAGUAUGGCAAAGAAAAAGCAAAUAAAGACAGGGUAUUUGCAAGAUCCCCAAGUAAGCCCUUGGCACGGAAAUUAAUGGAUUGGGAAGUAGUAAGCAGAAAUUCAAUAUCUGAUGACAGGUUAGAAACACAGAGCCUUCCAUCACGAUCUCCACCUGGAACUCCUAAUCAUCGAAAUUCUGCAUUCACACAAGAGGGAACCCGGUUACGGCCAUCUUCAGUUGGUCAUUUGGUAGACCAUGUUGUUCAUACUUCCCCAAGUGAAGUAUUUGUGAAUCACAGAUCUCCAUCUUCAACCCAAGCUAAUAGCAUCGUUCUGGAAUCAUCACCAUCACAGGAGACCCCUGGAGAUGGGCAGCCUCCAGCUUUACCACCCAAACAAUCAAAGAAAAAUAGCUGGAACCAAAUUCAUUAUUCACAUUCUCAACAAGAUCUAGAAAACCAUAUUAAUGAAACAUUUGAUGUUCCAUCUUCCCCUGAAAAAUCUACUCCUAAUGGUGGUAUUCCACAAGAUAAUCUUGUUCUAAUCAGAAUGAAACCUGAUGAAAAUGGAAGGUUUGGAUUCAAUGUAAAGGGAGGGUAUGAUCAGAAGAUGCCUGUGAUUGUGUCUCGAGUAGCACCAGGAACACCUGCUGACCUCUGUGUCCCUCGAUUGAAUGAAGGGGACCAAGUUGUGCUGAUCAAUGGUCGGGACAUUGCAGAACAUACCCAUGAUCAAGUUGUCCUGUUUAUUAAAGCUAGCUGUGAGAGACAUUCUGGGGAACUUGUACUCCUGGUUCGACCUAAUGCUGUAUAUGAUGUAGUGGAAGAAAAGCUAGAAAAUGAGCCAGACUUCCAGUACAUUCCUGAGAAAGCCCCACUAGAUAGUGUCCAUCAGGAUGACCAUUCCCUGCGGGAGUCAAUGAUACAGCUAGCUGAGGGGCUCAUCACUGGAACAGUCCUGACACAAUUUGAUCAACUAUAUCGGAAAAAACCUGGAAUGACAAUGUCUUGUGCCAAAUUACCUCAAAAUAUUUCCAAAAAUAGAUACAGAGAUAUUUCGCCUUAUGAUGCUACACGGGUCAUUUUAAAGGGUAAUGAAGACUAUAUCAAUGCAAAUUAUAUAAACAUGGAAAUCCCUUCUUCUAGCAUUAUAAAUCAGUAUAUUGCUUGUCAAGGGCCAUUACCACACACCUGUACAGAUUUUUGGCAGAUGACUUGGGAACAAGGCUCCUCUAUGGUUGUAAUGUUGACCACACAAGUUGAACGUGGCAGAGUAAAGUGUCACCAGUAUUGGCCAGAACCCACAGAAAGUUCAUCCUAUGGAUGCUAUCAAGUUACCUGCCACUCAGAAGAAGGAAACACAGCAUAUAUCUUCAGGAAGAUGACACUAUUUAACCAAGAGAAAAAUGAGAGUCGUCAACUCACUCAGAUUCAGUACAUAGCCUGGCCUGACCAUGGAGUUCCUGAUGAUUCAAGUGACUUUCUGGAUUUUGUUUGUCAUGUACGAAAUAAGAGGGCUGGCAAGGAAGAACCUAUUGUUGUUCAUUGCAGUGCUGGAAUUGGAAGAACUGGGGUUCUUAUUACUAUGGAAACAGCCAUGUGUCUCAUUGAAUGCAAUCAACCAGUUUAUCCACUAGACAUUGUAAGAACAAUGAGAGAUCAACGAGCCAUGAUGAUCCAGACACCUAGUCAAUACAGAUUUGUAUGUGAAGCUAUUUUGAAAGUUUAUGAAGAAGGAUUUGUUAAACCCUUAACGACAUCAUCAAAUAAAUAAGAAAACAAAAGUCUAGGACAUGUGUCAGAAAACCGCUUUCUGUUAUAUUCACUGUGCCAUAAUUCUGCUUGCAGGAAAUGGCAUUGAGACAAAACAAAUGAAGAACUAACAAAAACUGAAAACUUCAGCACUGUUGCACUUUAUGUUUAAAAUGUCACUCUCUCAAAAUCUAUAAUUCCCAUGUUUGAAGACUAUUUCAUGCUUUGCUCCGAACAAAUAGUGAAUAACUGAGUAUGUUCAGGGUAAUCUAUGAAAAUUGUGGUGGUGCCAUGCAGUCCCCUUCUGGUAGAAUUGCCACAAACAAGGCUCAGAAUUCUCAUCAUCUCUGUUAUACACCUGUAUCUUGAAAGCAAAAAGAAGUAAACAUCAGAAGUCAGCUCUGGUGUUUCCCAGUGAUUCAUGUACUUAUUACUGUACUGGCUACCAGAUUUUUAUUCUUUAAAUUUUAGCAAUAUCAUUCUCAGUAUUGGCCAAUACACUGCCUCUGGAUGCAGCACAUCUCUCCCUGUACUUCCCCUGUACUCCCCCUGCAGAGGCCUGCUGUCCAUGAGAAGAAAGAUGGAGUUCGCUUUUCCCAGGAAAUGCUGCACAUUGUCCAUUUACCAGCAUCUUAUAGAAAAUAUAAAUAUGAAUCUACACAUUUUCUUGAAUUUAAUAAUGUAACUUAUAUUUAUCAUAAGGUUGGCUUACUCCAAAUCAUGUGAUUUCACAUACUUGUAAAGGAAUGCAUGCAUUGUGUCUUAACCCCUUAAGUGCCUUGAGACGUCUUUGUAUGUCUAAUGAAAAGGCACUCAUUUGACCCCACUAGGAGGUAUGUAUGUAUAUUGUACAUUUACAUUUUUAUGCAUUUUGAAUCAGUUCACAUUUUAAAACAUAGCUUCUUGUAUGACAAGUUACACAGUCAAAAAAGGGUAUGGAAAUUCUAUUUCUUACUCAGUUUUCCUGUAUUUUACAACAAGAAGCAAAAGGUAAUUUGUGUUCUACUGAGUGAGCACUCUGCUGCUCUUUUCCUGAGGACAAGUGUUACAGUUUAGCAGCUCAAGUCAAAAGAUGCUUUAUUACUCAAAUUUUCUAUUUAUUUUAUCCCUACCUUUAGAAAUGACACCUAAUAUGCACAUUAAAGUUAAGCAUAUUCAUAUUUUCAGCUAAAUUAUUUUUAUCACUGUCUAAAUUAUUACUCUAAAACAUUCAGUUUAUUUCAGGCUUUUUCACACUGGUCUGUUGGUUAGGAUACUAUAAACAAGGAAUGAAAUAUUAUUGACUUAUUUCUAAAUGUAAUCCCUUGAUAAUUGAAAUGAGGAUUUUGUUGUCAUUUUUUGCAUACAAUUAUAUUACUCCAGUUUAUAUAUACUUGUUAAGUUAUAAGCAUGUUAAUAUGGAGAGUUUUGAUUGUUCAGCCUGAUGGGGAGGAUCUGAUUCCCUUUAAGGAUUUGUGUAUUUUCCUCUUCAGGAUUUUUAAGUCUAUAGAGAGAUAGAACUUCAAAAUUGCCCAACUUUAAUACAAUUGGAAAUUUGUUCACCUA